UCCUUUUCAGGAAGUCAGUUGGAACAAAUGUCAAUUUUUUCUCCUUUUUUAACUUUAAAAUGCAUUUAUUGAUGUAUUUGUUGUGUGUUAUUCACUGCAAAGCCAGGUGUGUUGCCUGUGCGCAGUCCUCCAUAAAUGCGCACAUGCCGGCGCGCGCCAGCGCACGCGGUGAAAUCACUUCAUCCAAAGAGAGCGCCUGCUUCAGAUUUGAGCUCAGCAUUGUGCAACUUGUCUGUGCUUCAUUUCUAUGUGUCGUGAAAGCUGGAAAACGGGAGGGUGAAAGAGAAAGAACGAAAAAAAAGACGGUUUAUAAUUGAUGUUUUCCCAUGGAGGAGCCCCUCCUCCCCGCAGCGGAGGCUAACCCCCAGGUGGGAAAAAUCUUUUAAGAUUUUUUUUUUUUUGAAUGUGUGUGUGUGUGCGCGUGUGUGUGCGGGACAACAUCAGGAGGGCUUGUCUAGUCCCUCCCCUGCUAUAUAGAUCGGUGCUAUAAUACAAAGCAUUAAAGGCGGUCGGCUCACACACGCUGCAGCUCGACUAGAGCGAUCCCGUGGCUUAUAAUUCCCUCACUACUUUUUUUCUCCCCCCUCCUGUUUCGAUGUGCCCCGUUAUUAGCGUUUGUCUGAGGCGUUCAUUUCCGCACCUGCCGCGGUAGAGACCAGGCGAGACAAGGACGGAGCGCGAGCCCUGACAGGCGCACGGCUUGAGACCAGCAGCAGCGGUUGAGAUCUUUAAAGGACAGCAGGGGUGGAAAGAAAAAAUGCUGCUCUGGGCCAAAUUUGUUUUGGUCGGCCUCAUCUGCUUGUCCUUAGUGUCUUCUGGGAUGGGCUGCGGACCGGGAAGGGGCUACGGCAGGAGAAGACACCCGAAGAAGCUGACACCUCUUGCGUACAAGCAGUUCAUCCCCAACGUGGCGGAGAAGACCCUCGGGGCAAGCGGCAGAUACGAAGGCAAAAUCACCAGAAACUCCGAGCGAUUUAAAGAGCUGACUCCCAAUUAUAACACAGACAUCAUAUUCAAGGAUGAGGAGAACACCGGAGCCGACAGGCUCAUGACUCAGAGAUGUAAAGACAAGCUGAAUUCGCUGGCGAUCUCGGUGAUGAACCAGUGGCCCGGAGUGAAGCUGCGGGUCACGGAGGGCUGGGAUGAGGACGGACACCACUUCGAGGAGUCCCUGCACUACGAGGGCAGGGCCGUGGACAUCACCACGUCAGACAGGGACAAGAGCAAGUACGGCACCCUGUCCAGGCUGGCGGUGGAAGCUGGGUUCGACUGGGUCUACUAUGAGUCCAAAGCGCACAUCCACUGCUCAGUGAAAGCAGAAAACUCAGUGGCAGCAAAGUCAGGCGGCUGCUUCCCAGGAUCCUCCACGAUCACCCUGGAGGAUGGCACCAAGAGGCCCGUCAGAGAUCUCCAACCCGGGGAUAGAGUUCUGGCCGCGGAUUACGAGGGAAACCCGGUUUACACCGACUUCAUCAUGUUCAUAGACCGGGACGCGUCCACCAGCAGGAUCUUCUACGUCAUCGAGACGGAGUCUGGCCAGAAAGUGACCCUCACCGCCGCGCACCUCCUCUUCAUCGCCCAGAACUCCACACAGCCGCGGAUGUCGGCGGUUUUCGCCAGCCAAGUCCGGCCGGGACAGAAGGUGUUCGUGUUCGGGCGAGGUCAGCUGACGCCCGUGACCGUGAAAAGGAUUUACACGCAGAGGCACGAGGGCUCCUUCGCGCCGGUGACGGCGCAGGGGACCGUGGUGGUGGAUCAGGUCCUCGCGUCCUGUUACGCAGUGAUCGAGGAUCACCGCCUGGCGCACUGGGCCCUGGCACCGGUCCGGCUCGCCCACUGGGCGUCCACGUUGCUCUUCGGCUCCCAGCCGCGCGCCAGCGCGCAGAACGAUGGGGUGCACUGGUACUCCAAACUCCUUUAUCAACUGGGGACUUGGCUCUUGGACAGCCACUCGAUCCAUCCGCUCGGGAUGUCGGUAUCCCCGAGCUGAAACCCCGGAAUGACACUCAAAAUGUAGGAACUCUCGAACUAUUCAGUAGAUUCAACUUUAAAAUAUUAAUAAUAAUAUUAAAACAAAACAAAAUAAAACGAACGAACGACACAAAAGGCCCCAGCGGAGUUGGGAUAUUUAUUUCAGUGACUUUUCCAUGGUGUGUCCUCUUUCAAAGAAUGAAUGGAGCCUUACAAAGUUUCUCUUUGAAUAAUUUAUUCUCGUGUGAACUCUGCCAGUGUCACAUAAAUGGAUUGUGAGACGAUGCGAGCAGCAAAUUGUGCAUAAUCUAUUUUUGUAUAUCUCCAAUGCAAAAAGGAAAUAAAAAAGUAAAAUAAGAUAAAAAAAAAAAUAAAAAAAAUAUAAAAAAAAAAGUACCGCAAAGAGAACAGAGAAUGGAGCUAACUGACAGUUUGUUCUUAUGAAUUGUGCAACUGACUGUUAUAUUUUGUGGGAGGAAAAAAAACUUUGCGGGGUUUCAUAAAUUAUAUUUUUAUACACAGGAAUGUAAAUUAGAUUUUGACGGAUCGCUACCGAAUCACAUUUCGUUAUCUGAAAUAGUGUAAGAUAUGAGAAUAUAUUUUAAUUUAAAUAGAAAGUGUUGGAGGAAAGAAGAGAAAAGAAAACCAUGUAUCAAGAAGUGUAUUAUUUUGUAAACUGAUGUUGGAGCGGGACAGAUAUUCUGCCUCAUGUCUGCAUUAUCUCUUUUUUCUGUGUGCGUUUCUAUUUUUUUCUUGUUUUCUUCUAAGGAAAAAAAAUCAAAAUGCAGAUUCUGACAAGUCAGUAACAGUUUAAGAAGUGGUAAUAAAAAAAAAGAAGUUCCGUUGAAUAAAUGCAUAAGAAACUCCUGUUAAAGUACUAAAAUGAUAUUUUUCUUUUCAUAUUUUGUAAUAGGGAGAUAGUUUUCUAUAGAAAUGACCUGCGGCAGAUGCACAGUUUGUAUAGUCUAUUUAGCCAGACAAUACCAGUUAACUUUCAUAACAGGGCGAUGUGUCAAAAAUGUCUAGAGUUUAUUAUUUAUAUGUUUAUUACAAAAAUGAGAUAAAGAAAAUCUUUAAACUUGUUACAUGUGUCUGUCUAAAUCCACUGCAGGAGCAUCACAUAUUGAGGGAUUUUUGUCACCAAUUAAAUGGGAUUUAUUUCCUUUCUGGUUCAGCUUCUUUUCAUAAUAUGUAAUUUCACUAAAAAAACAUUUUUUUCUGAUAAUUUCGGCCUAUAUGCACCAAGAAAUUUGCAGAAAAUGAGGCUUUGAAGUGCUUCUGGCAUGCUUGCGAAAUGUUGAGAGCUCAUGUCAAAUUUAACGAGGUCUGCCCAUCUGCAAAUAACUUCCAAGUUGCAGACAAAUGAAACAGCAGAGUGUUUGUUGGCUCUGAGUCUGCUGCUGCUGCUGGUCAAAUAAAGUCUGUAUCACAGCUCCAA